AUGCAUAUUCAAGCUUCCAACAAUAUUCAAGCUUCCAACAAUAUUCAAGCUUCCAACGACAUUCAAGCUUCCAACAACAUUCAAGCUUCCAACAACAUUCAAGCUUCCAAUAACACGGUUCUUAAGAUUUUUGAUGUACCAGAACUUCCAACAAUUGACGACGAGGCAAUUAAACAAACUCUCGAAGCGUUUGAUGAAUGUUCUCGUUUAAAAAGCCGUGACGAAAUAACAGACGGUUUAGUUAAGAAGUUUACAGCUGAACGUAAAGUUCUCAGAGAUUUAUUUGAUAAGAGUGUAAAGAUCAGUAAACUUUCCGCUAACCUAUCGAAGAGAAUAAUACUAUUUAUUGAAUCUUUUUCGUCCGUUGGAUUCGAAAAUAUGACGGGGGAGGCUUUUGUCAACGCAGCUACUCGUAUUGCCGACGAGACUCAAGAACUUGCAAAGGAAUUUGACAAUGUCAUUCAAAAACUAAAUGAUAUGAUGGAGGAAAGCACCAAACACAGUCAAGACAAUGAAUCUCAAAAAGAAACAUUAGGAAUCGAGAGUGAAAAAUUAAACAAAACUGUCGGCAAAUUGGGCAAAGCGUCUAUCGCCUUGGGAGUUGCAGCGUUGCUUGCUGCACCAUUGACAGCUGGUGUUAGUUUGAUUGCGGCUGAGAUUGUUGCGGUUGAGGCAGUUGUUGCUACUACUGCUACAUCAGUUACUGCUGCUAUUGCCGCAUUUACAUCCAAGAAAUACAAAGAGAAGAAAGCUAACGAGAAAAUACAAGAAUUUGAAGAUGCUGACGCUAACUGUUUAGUACUUAAAUCUCUGGUUGGAAAGAUGGGCAUCUCACUUUAUAAUGUAAAACAAUUUGAAAAUGUAUGGAGAAGUUUAGCCACCGAAGCUAAACUGAGAAAAGAGGAUAACCAAUUCGAACUUGAUAGUAUAGAAGAAUAUGGUGUUGUGAGUGAAGUGACCACAAACGACUUAAAAUUGAAAUGGGAAAAGAUGUAUCAAACUUUUGAAUCAUACGCAGAGAGUGUUCAAUCGAAAUUAGAUAACACCGUUUAA